AUGGUGAACUUGAUAGGGGACGCUGAAGAAUCAGCAAAUAAAAUUUUUGCAAAUGUACGUCAAUUAAUUAUAGAUAACGAUUUAGAUUUGAAUGGAUUAACAGCAUUAGGAGCUGAUAAUACAAGCGUAAACGUUGGCAACAAUCAUUCGGAUUACUCGUUGUUUAAAGAUGAAUUACCUGAUAUCCACAAAGUUUUACAAGGAUAA